UUUUUAUGUCCUGUUGUCGCAGGCGAAUGUGGGUGAGCGGUAAUGUCAGGGGCACCUCGAGGUGAUUCAGCAGUGACUUGACCUAAUUAAGAGGUGGGUGCAGUAAAGACGGCUCCGUGGAUUUAGUCACUGCCCUCUGUUAUCCACAGGAGCUCUAUAUCACCGCUGGAGUGGACUCUGACCUACCCAGGAGCCAUGUGAUUCCCAUCAGAGCUUCUGUGUUAGAGCAGCCGGAGGAGCUCUGUCACUAACCUCUAUGUAAGAUGACAGAAAGUCGUAUUCAGCGCCUACAGGGACUGAGGAAACUUUCUCCUCAGAUGUCCUUGAUACAACACAAUCUGGUUGACUAGAUGUCAGGAGUACUAGCCAAUCAACACUUAAGCCUGGGUACCACUGACACAGUGGGUAUGACACACAGCAGAGGUUGGACUAUUUGAGGAGACGGCUUCUUCUUCUUCACUCUCUUCAGACUGACCCAGCUGCAGUAUGGCUCUACUCAUCCACCUGCUGGCCUGUGGCUUCGGCCUGGGCUCUUGGGUGGCGGUGAACGGUCUGUGGGUGGAGCUUCCCCUCAUCGUCAACACGCUCCCUGAAGGGUGGGACCUCCCAUCCUACCUGACAGUCAUCAUCCAGCUGGCCAACCUGGGGCCUCUGCUGGUAACACUCAUGCACAAACUGUGUCCAGGUCGCCUUAAAGAGCGUUUGGUCAUCUAUUCCAUCCUCUCCAUCGGGAUCCUCGCCUGCAUCCUGCUCGCCUUCUUCUGGCAUAAGACUACAAUAGUGGCGGGGGCACCACACAGCACAGCCUUCUUCAUCAUCACCUUCUUCCUCUCUCUUGUGGACUGUACAUCCUCUGUUACCUUCCUGCCUUUCAUGAUGCAGCUUCCAGCGAAAUACUUCACCACCUUCUUUAUCGGAGAAGGGUUAAGUGGAUUUAUUCCAGGCAUAGUCGCUCUGGCACAAGGUGUGGGCAUCGCCAAGUGUGUGAACUCUUCUCAGACUGUUGGAAACCACACAGGAGGAGACAUGUGGACAAUACACACUGAGUAUCUUCCUCCUAACUUCUCCCCCAAGGUGUUUUUCUUCUUCUUAGCAGCUAUGACGUGUAUCAGCCUGGCUUCUUUCACUGCGCUGAACAGGCUUCCUCGAACGUUUGCGCUGUCCACAGAAAACCUGGUGCCAGAAACUGGAGCAUCUGUCAGCUCUGGGCUGGAUAACCCCGGACUAGAGAGGGACGGAGACGAUGUAAAGGGCCAUGGUGGGCAGGGUGAGGGGGCAGCACAGAGCAGACCUCUUCUGGCCGGACACACGCACUCUGUGUACCAGCUGACCUUCAUCUACUUCCUGGUGGUGUGGGUUAAUGCAGCAACCAAUGGCCUGCUGCCCUCUGUGCAGACGUACUCCUGUAUGCCCUACGGGAACCUGGCCUAUCACCUUUCUGCUGCCCUGUCCUCAGUUGCCAACCCACUGGCCUGCACUAUAGCAAUGUUCCUCCAAAACAGGUCACUCAUCUUUCUUGGAGUGCUGACCACGUUGGGGACGGGCUUUGGCAGCUACAACAUGGCCAUGGCAGCUCUGAGUCCGUGUCCGCUGCUUCAUGGAUCUGUGUGGGGGGAGACGAUUAUUGUGCUCUCGUGGCUCUUCUUCACAGGGACGCUGACUUACGUUAAAGUAAUGGUGGGAGUCAUCCUCAGAGACCGGAGCCACAACGCCCUAGUGUGGUGUGGAGCCGCAGCGCAGAUGGGCUCAUUAGUGGGCUCGCUCACCAUGUUCCCACUGGUUAGCGUCUACCACCUGUUUCAGUCCGGAGACUUCUGCAAUACUAAAUGUCCCUGAUGCUUCAUGUGAAGAGAUCAGAGUAACAGUUGGACAGUUUGUUGCUGAGAGUUGGAGAAGGACUCGGUUUAACUUCUGUAUGCUCUUGUUAAGAACGGGGCAAACAAUGGAUAUCAACUAGUCUGGCUUACUUUGAGACUGAAAAGAAGGGACUGAUGUUUACCUAGCUGUGUUAAAAGAUGCCUUUGAGCACUGAUUAACUGGUUUAUCUUGUUUAAUGUGUACAAAACUCUACAUGUAAAAUUUCUGCUUUUUUACAGUUGAACUGCUGUUUCUAUAAUGAGAUUUGUGUACAGUUUACACAAGAUAAGCUUUAGGUUAUAUUACCUGACCUAAAAAGAGGCAGUUGAUCAUCUACUUGGAGCAUAUUCAGGACAGCUGUUUCCACCUAUUUCUGCUUAUUUUGCUAAGCUAAGCUAAAAGGCUCUAAACUUCAUUGCAGCCUACAGACUUUAUACGGGUUAUCAAUCUUCUCUUUAAAGUCUCAUCAAGAAAGCAGGUUUCCUUUUCAGAAAGUUUUUUUUUUUUUAUUAAAGAUGCAGUGUUUUGCAUGUAUUUUAUUACUUUCAGCUUUGUGAUUUCUAAACCAUGUAUGCACUUAAAUGUUUGUGUCAUUUAUUACACUAUGAUGGAAAAAAAAACACUUUUUAUUAACAUUAAAUAUAAG